CAGUCGCCAAACUUUGGGUACGGAGCUGGACCUAGGAUGUAAUUUUCUUGCUCAAGUAUCCAAGGUCGUGGAUUCUUUGACGUGUCUGUGAUGGAAGUAAGUUUUGGACUGGUUCCGUUCACAGUUGCGCACAGUAAGUAUCGGAGCCUUGCAUCCUUUCCACAGAGGCUGUCUGAACUGGAACUGGGUCUUCUCGUUCUGCUCCGACACUCAGGGCUCGGCGGGGUAAACCAGCUCGGCGGAGUCUUCAUCAACGGGCGGCCGUUACCGCACGAGGUCAGACACCGGAUCGUGGAGCUCGCGCAGCACGGGGUGCGCCCCUGUGAGAUCUCGCGCCGUCUGCGCGUCAGUCAUGGCUGCGUCAGCAAAAUAUUGACCAGGUACAAUGAGACAGGAAGCAUCAGACCGGGGCUGAUAGGUGGCUCCAAGCCCAAGGUGGCGACCCCCACAGUGGUGCAGAAGAUCCUGCAGCUGAAACACAACAGUCCCACGAUGUUUGCCUGGGAGAUCCGAGACAGGCUGGUGCUGGAGCAAGUGUGUGACCCAAGCAACGUUCCCAGCAUCAGCUCAAUUAACAGGAUCAUCAGGAGGAAAGUUCAGGCAAAGCCUUGUGAAGAUGCAUCAUCUGUUUCCAUGGGAACAGACUGUCCCUCUGAGUCCAGGUUUUCAAUAGGAGGGAUUCUAGGACUCAGAAAAUUCAACAAACAAAACGAAGGAGCGGACGAGUCCUGCAGUGAGCACCACACCCAGCUCUGUUUCUGGAGCAGGUCUGACCUCAGCUCGCCAUUUCGCCAUCAGCUGCCAGCUAACCAUGAUUCAGAUCCUUUAGGUUAGUUUGCACUGAUCUGACAUGACACCCGGUGGAUCUUUCGUCUUCGGCCUUCGUUUCACCGAAGAACAGAAUUCAUCAUGUCUAAAAUCAGAGAAAACAUAUUAAAAUAAAACUAAAACCA